AGUAAAACAACAAGACAACAACUAAAUCACACUCUUAUCUAUCAUCUCCCAAAUUACUGCCAAAGCAAAAGCUGAAAUAAUAUCAGCUGCCGAAUCAUAAUUUUGUCCUUUAGGCUGGAGGAAUGAAGAAGAAGAAGAGCACAAGGUACACCAACUAAGAAGAAUUCAACAACCGCAGCUUUUUUUUCAAUUUUUGGUGAACCGUUUUACCAUUUCUUCUUCUGGCUCUUGUUACGACUUUACAUUGGGCUUUGGUGAACGAACGAACGAACAAACACUAAUGCUUUGGAGAUAUAUAUAUUUUGCUGAGAAUUUGGAGCGUCUUCAGUUUUCGACUUGGAUUUAGAUGGAUGUUUCUUCCAUUGGACGACCAACUACAUCCCAAACUGAUCAAGAUCCUUUGUUAAUGGACCUCAGUAACCCUGAUCACAUCGUUGAUAUCACUAGCAUUGACCACCACCACGACUCCUCAUCAAGAUCUUCCAUCGAUGACUUAACUCCUCAGGUUAGCUCACACCUUGUUGAAGAAGAGACAACAUCAUCAUCAUCAUCAUCAUCAAAUGGUGGUACACAACACUUGCCCCAUCCAUCUCCGUUGACUCCUCCUCAGCAGAGAUCAACAACUUCUUCUAGGAGAGGAGAUGAUGCCAAUGCUCGCCCUAGGAGUCCUUUGAAUUCUGGCCUUUGGAUCUCUGUUGAGUUAGUUGUCACUGUGGCUCAAAUUGUUGCCGCCAUAGUAGUUAUGGUUCUCGCUAAAGAUGAACAUCCGGAAGCGCCGUUGUUUACUUGGGUCGUUGGAUAUACUUCUGGCUGUAUUGCCACCCUCCCUAUUCUCUAUUGGCGUUUUCGCACUUACAACCGAGGUACAAGGCAAGAUUCUUCACAACGUGCUACUACCUCUUCUCAAGGCAAUAAUAAUCACCCUUCAGAGUCCACACCUUAUACUGCCGUCUCAGUUGCUCAAGCAGCAGAUGAAGAAAACGGCGUCGAAUUGAGUGCAGCACCUAGAAACAAUCAAGUUAGGGAAAGCUUAAGAACAAGACUCAACGGCCUGGUGGACCACUUCAAGAUGGCCAUUGAUUGUUUCUUUGCUGUGUGGUUUGUUGUGGGGAAUGUAUGGAUAUUUGGAGGUCACUCAUCUCCUUCUGAUUCACCUAAACUGUACAGGUUAUGUAUAGCGUUCCUUACUUUUAGUUGCAUUGGAUAUGCAAUGCCAUUCAUACUAUGUGCAACCAUAUGCUGUUGUUUGCCUUGCUUAAUCUCUGUUCUCGGAUUUCGAGAAAACUUCUCACAAACUAGAGGAGCCACUGCAGAGGCCAUCAACACACUGCCUGUCUACAGGUUCAAAUCAAAAUGUAGAAAUGAUUUGGAAUUUUCAGAGGAAGGUGAAGGUGGAUUUCUUCUGUUGGGAUCCCAAAAGAAACGUCUUAUAUCAGGCGAGGAUGCCAGCUGUUGCAUCUGCUUGACUAGAUAUGGAGAUGACGAAGAUGUAAGAGAGCUGCCAUGCUCACAUGUCUUCCAUGUAGACUGCGUAGAUAAAUGGCUUAAAAUCAAUGCGACUUGCCCUCUCUGUAAAAAUGAGGUCGGAGAAAGCAGCAGUGCUUCCUCAUAGACAAAAAAAACUGAGGCAAGAGAGAGAGAGAGUUGAUCCCAGCAGUCUUCGAUGUGUAUAGACUUAAAAACUUGUAUAGUUGAGUUGCUGUUUAUUCAUUUUGUUUGUUUAUGAGAUGUAACUUUCCAAAUCAAUAAAAUUUCAAAUAAAUGUGUUAAUGCAA